AUGCGCAUGCGCAUUAUGUGUAUACAUGCCAGUUUCCGGUUAAAGUACAUUUCCCUUUCUUCCUAAACAUCCAAGAUGGUGAACGUACCAAAGCAAAGGCGAACCUUUUGCAAAAAGUGUAAAGUACAUAAACCCCAUAAAGUGACACAGUACAAAAAAAGCAAAGAACGACAUGCAUCGCAAGGUAGAAGACGUUACGAUCGUAAACAACAAGGAUUUGGUGGUCAAACCAAACCUAUAUUCAGAAAGAAGGCAAAAACCACAAAGAAAAUUGUCUUAAGAAUGGAAUGCACAGAGUGCAAGUACAGGAAACAAAUUCCUCUUAAAAGAUGCAAGCAUUUUGAAUUAGGUGGUGAUAAGAAAAGGAAGGGACAAAUGAUCCAGUUCUAGGGUGAAGUUAUGUACAUUAACUUUCUAUGUGUAUUUAAUAUGAAAUAAAAUAAAUCUUUCGAAAUUUGUA